AUGGACGUGUUCCUCACGAUCAGUUGCCACAAGACCACCAUCUUCAUGGACGCCAAGGAGUCGACUACCAUGUUUGAGCUGAAGCGUACCGUCGAGGGUAUCCUCAAGCAGCCGCCCGGUGAGCAGCAGCUGUACAAGGAUGACCAACUUCUGGAUGAUGGCAAGACACUGAGAGAGUGCGGCUUCACCAGUCAGACGGCAGGACCACAGGCCCCAGCCACCGUGGGGCUGGCCUUCCAGGCAGAUGAAGCUUUCAAGGCCCUGCGCAUGGAGCCCUUCUCUAGUCCACCCAAGCUGCCCGAUGUAAUGAAGCCACAGGACUCAGGAAGCAGCGCCAACAAACAAGUGGUGCAGUGAGAAGGCCCCGGGCCCAUCCCCAGUGCCCCCCCACCAAUAAAAGAGAUUUGGGUGUCAAAAAAAAAAAUGAAUGAAAUAUUGUCAUUUGCAACAAUGUGGAUGGAACUAGAAUGUAUUAUGCUAAGUGAAAUAAGUCAGAGAAAGACAAAUAGCACAUGAUUUCGUUCAUAUGUGGAAUUUAAGAAACAUAACUGAUGAACAUAGGGUAAGGGAAGGAAAAAUAAGAUAAAAACAGAGAAGGAAGCUAACCAGAAGAGACUCUUAAAUACAGAGAACUGACGGUUGCUAGAAGGGUACUGGGUGGGUGAUAGGCAUUAAAGAGAGCACUUGUUGGGAUGAGCACUGGGUAUUAUUGUAAAUGAUGAAUCACUAAAUUCUACUCCUGAAACCAUUAUUACACUAUAUGCUAAGUAACUUGGAUUUAAAUAAAAUUAAAAAAAAAGAAAUAGCAAGUGUUGGCAAGGAUGUGGAGGGAAAAGAACCCUUGUAUGCGGCUGGCAGAAAUGUAAAUCAGUGCAGCCACUGUGGAAAGCACUAUGGAGGUUCCUCAAAAAAUUAAAAACAGAAACACCAAAUGAUGCAGAAUCCCACUUCUAGGUACGUAACCAAAGAAAAUUAAAACAGGAGGGGCACCUGAGUGGCUCAGUCAGUUAAGCAUCUGACUUCAGCUCAGGUCAUGAUCUCACCACUCGUGAGUUCAAGCCCUGCAUCGGGCUCUAUACUGACAGCUCAGAGCCUGGAGCCUGCUUCAGAUUCUGUGUCUCCCUCCCUCUCUGCCCCUCUCCCACUCACACUCUGUCUCUUU